AUGACUUCUGCAAAUAUCAAUCAACAAAUUUUUGUUAAAUUUGAACAAUACGACUUCGAUAAAGAUGAAGAUUUUCAGCAAUCAAUUGAAUAUUAUUAUUUUCAUAAAAAUUAUAAAGAAGCAUUAAGAUUAUCUCUUGAGUACAUUGACUUUGUUGAAAGUUGCAACAAUAAAGAAAAUAACGAAUUAAAUCCAAAUAGAUUAACUAGUACGCGUGAUAUGUUGGAAAUCGCGGCUCGUAGUGCUUUAAGAUUGGGAGAUAUCGAGCUUGCGUGGAAAACUUCUAUUCCUUUUGUAAAUUCACGUUAUAUCCGAGAAAAAAACCAAAUCGAAGAAUCGAUAAAACGAUUGGAACAUAUAGAUGCACAAAAAGCCUUUUCAUGGCUAGAAAGGCACGGAGAAGGUGAAACCUUUGGGUUAAAUGUGGAUAUCAUUAGAUGGAUAUUAACGGAAUGUAAGACCAAUGUUAGUGAAGUCGUGGAGAUGGAUAAGGAACGAUCAGUGGAUCAAUUGUAA